AUGGUGUUCAAGACGAAAAAACGUUUGAAUUUUACGAAGUGUUUAAAGUCCAAGUGGCUGACUGAUGUGAAAGAUUAUGAAUUGAGGAAAAGAACAAUUUUGGUCAACAUUUCCAACAAGGAUGCCGUCAUCUCGGGGCCGGAACCUCGCAAAGUUUUGCAGCCGAGAAAGUCCACGAUUUUAGCAGGUUACGUUUCAGUUGUUUCAGACUCUGAGGAUUUAAUUUGAAAGGUCAUGCGCAAAUAUCUUGUGAACCUUCAAUAAUUUUCCAGUGUGAAUUUUAAGUCUUCCCUACAAAUAGACUGAUCUUCAGCUUCCAAGUUUUGUUUUCCAUUGAAGGAAUCCCCUUUUGUCUUUUUCGAAUUAUACGUACAAUCCGCACAUACGCAAGCGAAUAAGACCAGAAAGAAUCAGUUCUCAAGAGUGUGAGCACUUGAUCUACAUUGAGACAUGAAAAUCUACACGAUUAAACGGUAUAUGGAGAAAGUUGGCUUAAUACAACCUAUGGUUGAUUCAAAUGGGCUCUGUAACAUAAUUAGGCAUAAGUUUUAUGGAAAUCUUGCCUUCGAUUAAAUUGGGCUCUGUUACAAAAUAGCAGGUAAUUUGGUGUCAACAACUGAGUUGAAAACGUAAAUUGGCCACCGUAAAGAGUUAAAAGGCUAAGUUGCGCCAGGUAACCUAACUACUGCGAGCGAAGAAUCGUUAGCAUGUUAGAUCACAUGUUCGAAUUGCGUUUGAGAAUCAAGUAUGCUAGAUUCAGAACUGGUAAUCGCGUUCGGUAAGAUUUCCGUAUAACUCCAUUCUUAAUUACGCAUGCCGUUGUUGGAUAGCAGAAAACAAUGUCGAAUACAGUAUGAUGCUUUUGAGAGUGCGGCUUUGUUUUAAAGCAGUACGGGGUCGUAAGGAAAACGCCAUUUUCUUCAUCUUCGUGUCUAAUUAAAUUAAUCGAUGUUGUGGACUUACUAGGUUCCCGAAAAGGUAAGUUUUAGAACAAUUCUAGUGUCGGUUAGAGGAAAAUAUUGUCCACAAAUUUCAUCUGUGCGUGACUUUAAAACCACAUGGUUACACUUACACCGAGAACUACUCUUUCAUUUUCUCAUUCAGGUGUAAGUGUUAUAAGUGCCGAGUCUCUCGUGCUCAUCAAAAUCUCGGACGAAAUCAACAUCGGUGGCUGUGUUCUGGAAGACGGCUGGUGUUAG